GCACCUUAAGAUUGAAGGAGAGCAAUUAAUCAAUACGUUUGGAAAGAAUUUGGCAGUGUGCACGAGACCUUUCACUGUACAACUGGGAAUCAAUGCAAGUCUGACGUCACAGAUCUAUGUGUACGCGGGGAAUUACGGUACAGAGUACACACCGUCCGGAGAAGAUCUCACAAGGGUAUCACAGACAUGCUGCAGUUUUUUGAACGAGCACUGUAAUGAGCACUGUAAUUUACACUCUUCACUGAUAACCAUUCAAUGAUUCUUGAUCCCAGAUAAAUAGAUCCUCCCAAUUAUCAAUGAGUAUCAGUUCUUCAGAUCCAGUGCGGUCACUAGCAUCAGUGUUCAGUUCAGUGAUUCGAGCUUGUUUUACAAGAUGAAUUCUUCCAUUACUGCUGUUCUUCUGCUGGUUGCCUCUGUGAUCGCACUGUACGUCGUUCAUGUGAACAGUCUCCCAACUGGUAUGCCAGUUGAAGACGAUCUCGUUCUUACAGGAGACGAGCUCCCUGCUGCAGUGGGUCGUGAAUCGGCUGUAGCGACCGGUAGUCGCGCGAAGCGAGCAACGUGCGACCUGUUCAGCUUCGAAACCCAAUGGGUGACUCCGAACCACGCCGCUUGCGCGGCUCACUGUAUCGUCCUAGGCAAGAAGGGAGGCUACUGCAGUAAUACUAUAUGCUACUGCAGGGACUGAUUCAACAACGUUACUUCAUACCACAAUUAUGAAAUUUAUCCAUGUCACCAAAUAUUUUGAAAGCUGCUGCUACUACUGCUACUCAAAUAGUGAAGUUCUCCAUUAUUCUAGAAUAUCAAUGGAUUAUCAUUCAAAUAGUAAAGUUCUUCAUUCUAGAAUAUGAAUUUUAUCUUAUAAUUGAUGCAUUUUAUAUGAAUUGUAUCUAUUGAUGACAUACUAUGCAAUAAAUAUAGUAAAUUGAGAAUUUUUUAUGUCUGUUA